CGAGAGUCAAACCGUUGUCAGUCAGCCGAAGAUUCGCGGCGGUGUUGGAUGCGGCUCGAAUGUGCGUUGUUGUAUAUAUCCCGUUGUUGUAUAGCGCCGAAGAAAACGCGACACGUGGACACGCGAGAAACGAAAGAACGAGAAGUAGCCGAGAGAGAAAGAGAGAGAGUUGCAACGUUGAGGAACAACGUCACGACGAUGUACGAUACUCGGAUUGCGUGCUACAGCGUUUUACUGUUGCUCCUCGCUGCAGUGACAAGCGUGAAUUCAACAAAAUGCUCUCGGCUUAUCGAAGGUGUUACCAUGUCGCGCUCAAACGCCGAGGGAAAAUUUCACUUCUUUUUGACGUUGUACAACAGGACCGAACAGGUUUACGCGUACAUGCCGAACACGCGGUACAGCGUGAUCCUGAAGUCCGAUAAUUCUGAUCAGGCGCAUCGGAAAUUUCGAAGAUUUCUCAUAUCCGCCGAGGCCGAAAACAUGAAUGAGACGGCCGAUAUAGGCGUCUUCGAUCUCGAGGACGAUACGAUGACCAAGUUCGCGGAUAACUGCCCGAACACCAUCGUGGAAACGUCCAAAAUUGACAAGGAGGAAGUGUCGAUAAUCUGGAAAAGUCCCGUUGAAGCCAGUGGUUGCGUGCUUCUCAGAGCCACAGUGGUGGAGGCGCCAAACAUAUGGUACAUGGACGACUCGAACUUGGUUCGCACUAUGUGUCCGGACUCGAAAGCGGAAGCCGACGAUCAGGGUCCAGUUCUGGACGAGUGCUGCGCCUGCGACGAAGCCAAAUACGAAGUCAUUUUCGAAGCUCAUUGGAGUCGCAAUACUCAUCCAAAGGAUUUCCCGAGAGGUCUGUCGAUUCGAUUUUCAGACGUCAUAGGCGCGUCGCACACGGGCGAGUACAGAUUCUGGCAGAACAACGAAAUGGCCAGUAUAGGAUUGCGACAAGUGGCCGAGCUCGGUGCCACUCGGAAAUUAGAAUCCGAAUUGAAGGACCAGAGCGACAAGAUAAGGACCAUCAUCAAGGCGAGAGGCAUCAGUUAUCCGAACGUGACCGGUAAAACUUUCGCCGUUUUCCGCGUGGACCGCAAGCAUCAUCUGAUGAGUUUGGUAUCUAUGAUUGUCCCGUCUCCUGACUGGUUCAUCGGUGUGGCCGGUUUGGAGCUUUGCCUGUCGAAUUGCACCUGGAUAACGAACAAACAAUUGAACUUGUACCCGUAUGACGCCGGCACCGACAGUGGCAUUACGUAUUUGUCGCCCGAUUCGCCGACGGAUCCGCAAGAACCGAUUCGGCGAAUAACGUCGACGUAUCCGAACGACUCGGGAUCGCCCUUUUAUGAUCCUUCUGGUCUAGACAUGAAACCCCUUGCGAAGCUCUACUUGAACCGACAGCGAUUGUACGAGAAGACCUGCGAGAACACCAUCGAUCCGCUGGCUGAUACAGAGGCUUGCAAGGUGACAAGUUGGGCAGAAUGGGGUCCGUGUUCGGUUACCUGUGGAACUGGCACGCAAUUGCGACAACGCCAGUUUUACGACGAAGCGGCUGCAAAUGCGAACAAAUGCAACACUCUUGUUACGGAUCGGAAGGUUUGCUACAACCCACAAAACCCGCACUGUAACGGUCGUCGAGGCGGACUGGUGAACACUGACAAGUGCAAAUUGUCCGAAUGGACAGAUUGGAGCUCGUGCUCGUCGAGCUGCGGCGAGGGCAGCAAGACACGGUCGAGAAACUUCCGGCUGAGGAAAUAUCGCAAGUACUGCAGGGCCGAGCCAAACGGACCGCAGCUUCAACAGUCGAUCGACUGCGAAAACGCUCCUUGCAAUGGCGAGGACCCGGAAGAGGUAAGACAACGAUCAAAGUUGGAUGAUCAUACUGAGGACUAUGUCAGUGAGGCAGCGGACGAAACCGAGGAUAUGAACGAGGAAUGGCUGCAGAAGUGCCCAAAGGAUCGCUAUUCCGAAUGGAGCAUGUGGUCGCCGUGCAGCUCGAGCUGCGGACCGGGUGUGAAAUUGCGAUCCAGACUGCCGAUGAACAAAUUUUGGGACAAGGACGACGAGGAGUGCAAGGUGCAGCAGGCGUCGUGCACUGCCGAGAUUUUGAGCUGCGAUUUCUCGAAGGAGGACGCGGAACAGAUCUGUAGCGAGCCCAUGGAGAAAGGACAUUGCAAUUCCAAUAUAUUGCGAGCUUACUUCGACAAACAAUCCGGUCGCUGUCAUUUGUUUAGCUAUUCCGGGUGCGACGGUAACCGAAAUAAUUUCCCGACCGAACAGGAUUGCAAUGCCGUCUGCGGCAAUUUCCAAAGAGAAUUGAGGGCGAAUCAGACGGCAAUAAUGAAAAACUUUAAGGUAUCGCUUAGCAGCGUCCUCAGCUAUCACAUUCCCGUGCAGGAGCAGCGCAGGACGAAAGCGAAGAGAGCGCACGAGGAGAAUUUCAAAGGUAUUCAGACGGGCAGUCAGAUAAUAGAAUCAAUCGAGAAUAAAGAUUGCGAGAUGUCCGAAUGGUCCGAGUGGUCGGAAUGCAGGAGCUGUCGUGGAUUCAUGAUCAGUACCAGGCUUGUUGUGAGUCCAUCCAAAGGCGCAGGCAAGAGCUGUCCGAAGAAACUCUUCCGUAAGAAAAAGUGCAACAAGAGACCGGAGUGUUCUUUACAAAGAGACGGAACACGUCGGCGAUUUCAUCGAGACAAGAAUAACGAAGUCGAGAACGAUGUGGAUUGUAAAGUAACACAGUGGUCGACGUGGUCGAAGUGUAGCAAGACCACUUGCGGCGAGGCGUUGCAAAGCAGAGUCAGAAGCAUUAUGGUGAAACCGAAGGGACCUUGGGCGAAACUCUGUCCGGCUUUGGCGGAACUCAGGAAGUGUCCCAGGACAAGCAAUUGUCCGCAGUAACGCGUACCUGUUUUCACUUAUCGUCUUAAUUGGUCUUAAGAGAAUACUGGAUACCUGUACCGGAUACCCGACGAUGGAUACCUGUAAAUCGACAGAGCAUCCGAAUUUCUCCGUAUUUACUGCAUGAAAAAAAAAAAAAUGAAAAGCGCUUCUACAGAGGCAAAAAAGAUUAAAAUGUGAAAAACUAUAUAUAGUGUUUCUUAAAGCGAAUGUAUUAUAUAAUGCUCUUUUCGAACUCUUCCUUUCGUGCGCAAUGACAGCAUAUGGUAGCGUGUAUAGUCAUCACGAACAUCGAUUGUUUCAUAAUAUUCUUUUAUGUCGCACGUUUCUUAGAUGACGGAGUCAAAGUUUACGUGUCUAGAGCUUAGAAACAAUUCUGCAAUGAUGAAAAUUAAAUUAUAGCAAACUGUAUUAAGUUAUAGAAAACUGUUAAAUAAAAAAUUUUUACUCAGUUCCGACACUCUAAGGAGAUUAUCUAGAGAAAUCUUAGCACUAUUCAUUUAUUGCUUUUGUGAAAGCAAUUUUCAUUUGCGUAGCAAGUACGGAGAAAUUUCAAAUCUUUCGAAACGUCAGUUUACAGAUUUCUAUUGCCGAUAUUCAAUAUCGUCUUAAGAUCCGUUUUGAGCAAAGAUCGAACGUCGAAAGUGAUCCGCACACGAUGUGUCUCGGAUCACUGAUUUCAUUGUGUGUGCGUGUGUGUGUGUGUGUGUGUGCGCGCGUUCACACAGUUCUUCUCAAAUCAAUUAUAAUAAAAAUCGUAUAAUCGUAAUUUAAAACUCACAGAACGUGUGUAUAGGACGACUUAUAAAGCUAAAUGUGUAGAUAUCGAGAUAUUGAUAAAUAUGAGAAUUUAUAUACAUCGCAGAGUUAUUAAAAAAAAUCGCACUGGACGAUGAAUGAACUUUGGUUCUUGCGUAAAGAAUCUACGAGGUUUAUGAAAAUAAAUAGAUGUUUUUUCUCAAAGAUAUUUUUAUUUAAGAUAAAAAUAACUCUGACAGCAAAAUAUA